AUGUCGUUCUUUGGCAAGUUCAAGACGGGCUCGAACAAUGCCGACUCGACCGCCAAAGCAGGGCCAGCGAAGAAAGACCCCAAUGCGCCGCAGCCUACGCCCUUGGAGAAACACCUUGCUGAUGUCACUGGACCCGUGCGACCAGACGGCAGUGACAAGUUCUUUGGAAUGGAAAAUUAUGGCUCUACAUGCUAUUGUAAUUCGAUAAUACAGUGCCUAUACUAUUCAGCGCCCUUUCGAGAAAACGUAAUCAACUUCCCUUCGUUAUCCAUCGUAGAGGAACUGCGCAAGGACGAUACCGAUGGCGCGCCCUUGUCACCUCGUCACACAUCGACGACGCCCUACCCGAAUCCUACCUCGCCCGCGCGAAAACCGCCCCAGAAUGUUCCCGGAUCUCCUGGAGCUGGCGCCAUGCAGAAACCGGAGGACAACAAGAACGUGCCGGAGGAGAGAAAGAGGAUGGCACUGAUCCAGGGGCCUGUGCUGGACAUGCAGUACGACAACUCGCUGAAGUACGGGAUGGAGGAGUCCUUGUUCACAUCGUUAAGAGACAUAUUCGAGGCUGUGAUUGAGCACAAGUCACGGAUAGGUACAGUGAGUCCACACAGAUUUCUGGAGAUCCUGAGAAGAGACAACGAGAUGUUCCGGACACCAAUGCAUCAGGAUGCGCAUGAGUUCUUGAACCUGGUGCUCAAUCAGGUCGUGGAUAAUGUGGAGCUGUUCGCGAAGCAGCAUCCAGAAUUGGCAGCGCAUAUGAAUGGCAGCGCACCGGAGAAGGCACUGGCGAGUAUGACGGUCGAUACUGGUGGAUUGAACAUGCCGAAAGCUGGGCUGGAUACGCAUUGGGUACACGAUCUAUUCGAGGGCACUCUCACUUCAGAAACACGAUGCCUAACCUGCGAGAACACAUCGCAGCGAGACGAAGCGUUCCUGGACUUAUCGGUUGAUCUCAGCGCGCAUACAUCGGUCACAUCUUGCUUGCGGAAGUUCUCGGAGGAGGAGAUGUUGUGCGAACGUAACAAAUUCCACUGCGACAAUUGCGGUGGUCUGCAAGAAGCCGAAAAGAGAAUGAAGAUUAAGCGUCUACCACGGAUUCUGGCGCUGCAUCUCAAACGAUUCAAGUACACCGAAGAUCUCCAGCGGUUACAGAAACUCUUCCAUAGAGUGGUAUACCCUUUCCAUCUUCGACUGUUUAACACAACCGACGACGCCGAGGAUCCGGACCGACUGUACGAGCUGUAUGCUGUCGUGGUGCACAUAGGAGGUGGACCAUACCACGGACACUAUGUCAGCAUCAUUAAAACGCAAGAUCGAGGAUGGCUGCUGUUCGAUGAUGAGCUUGUGGAGCCUGUAUCGAAAGACUAUGUGAUGAACUUCUUCGGUGGCGAGCCGGUUCCCGGGCUUCAAGACGCAAAGCAGCUGGCGUGUGCGUAUGUGCUAUUCUACCAGGAGACCACAUUGGAAGCAGUCCUCAGGGAACAAGAUGCCGAGCUCGGCGCGAACCAGACCGCACCUGUACGAGUCUCUGAAGAAACGUCGAAAGACAACCUCUCGCCCAACAAGAAUGGAGGUGGUUUGAGUCACGCGCCUACACUCUCAACCCCAGUCGUAGAAGCGAUGGAGCACAUGGACCCAUUGGUGCACGCCGCAACAUCUCCAAACCUCGGUGGCAUACCCGAGAACCCUCCGAUCGUCCCAGUCAUGCCACAGAAGACGAAGAAGGAACUGAAGCAAGAAGAGAAAGAAAGAGAGAAAGAAGCCAAAGCCGCAAAGAAAGCAGCAGACAAAGCCGCCGAGGACGCUCGAAUCGAACAGAGUAACAAACGCCUCGCAGCGAGGAAGAAGCAACAGGACGAAAUGGCCGCCGUCAUGGAGAUGUCGAAACAGACUGCUGCGGAAGAAGCAGAAAGUCGAGGCGAGCCUCCGCCGAAGGAGAAGGGCGGCCUCAGUAGGUGGCGGACAGGCAGCAUGAGCUUGAAAGUCAAGCCUUCGAAAACAUUCCACUUUGGCAAGGACAAGGAUAAAAAGGAGGAGAAGUUGCCAUCUGUGCCGCAGAAACCGAAUGGGACGAGUACAACUCCACCGGCAGGGGAUGGUGCAACGGAGAGUAAUGGGCACACUACAGUCACGACCCUACCGCAACCCCCGCCUGCUGUCCAGGAAGUCAAGAAAGAGGAGGAGAAGGUCAAGAAGAAUCGCUUCAGCCUGGGGAGGAAGAGGUCGACUAUGAUGAAUUAG